AUGAAACAUACGUUUUGUUUUUUCGCUCAGCUUCUAAUUCGAACGGCUUUUUUCGCGCUUAGACUGAGUUUUUUAAGUUUCAACGUAGAGAAAAGUGAUUUGAAAAAACUGGCUGAAGUGAUAGAGAUUAUAGUCGACAGGCAUUCACCGAAUCCUAUUUUGCUCUCAGCGCUUCCACAGAUCGUCGGUAACGUUUACGGGAGCCCAGUGAAUCCGGAAAAGGAUCAGAGCUAUCGAACGACGUGGCGAGCAUUGGUGAAGGAUCAUUGCGGUGGCAAAAUAUUAAUUGCACCAUUACCAAAUGGGGAGUUUGCGAUUUUUUACAUUGUGGAAGCUGUUGAAGCCAAAAAAUUCUUGUUUUUCUUGACCAGGGCAUUGUUGAAAUUGAAUAAUAGCAGUUUUCGAUCAGCACCAGCUUGUAAAUAUCGUUUGCCAGCAUAUCAUUUUCGCCUACAGAUAUGUGUUUUUGUUGUAAAAGCAACGAUGAUGAGAUAG